UUUAAAAUUUCCUACUAAUUCAAUCACUACUAAAUACAUUAAACGAUAAACAUUCAAAAUAUCUUCUGUCAGUUUUAAACUCAUCCAUAAAAUGUUGAUCUAUCAGCUUUGCUUUAUUACAAUAAUAUUUUAUUUUUAUAAAAUCAACAUAGUAAAUUCUACAAACUUGAAUCCAUUUGCAAAAAGGUUAAAAUAUCUUCCAAACACAAUCCAAGAAUUAGAAGAUUUAAUUUUAAAAGGAGAAGAUGAUAUUAAAGUUAAAAGUUAUGAAAAGUUAAAGCAUAUAUAUAAGACGACAAAACAAAGAGAAGUAUUAGUUUCGAUAAUGAAGGUUUCGUCAGAAAUGUCAUAUUACUAUAAAAAAACGACGACAUCAAUAAAAAGCACUAAAAAUUUGUGGGGUUUUUAUCAAGGCUAUAAUUAUGCAAAAAUGUGUGAAACUGAAUUGGAUAAAUAUCCAGAACUACUUUACCAAUGUAUGAAGUGGAAAGCAGCUCUUCUAGAAACUGAUAUUUUCGAAGGUAACUUAAUAGUUGGUAAAUUACAAUUGGAUGACCUGAAAAAUACUCUUGACAAAAUAUAUGAACUGAAACAUUCGAAUAACAUUCCCGAUGACCCAUUCUUAUUAUAUUUAAAAGGAAGAUUAGUAUGCGAAAUAAAACUGCAAACAACUGGUGGAUUUGGUUUUAUUCAAAAAGGAAAAGAAUGGUUUUUUGGAAAUGUAAUAGAUCACAAAAAUGAAUCGAUCGAUACUUGUAUUUCUUAUUUAAAUGAUUUUGAGUCCAAUACUAGAAAUGAAGAAGGAUUCGUAGAAAGUAAACUUGCGUUGGGUAAAGCAUUUAUAGAAAAAAAACAGUUAAGUAAUGCCAUUUAUUGGUUAAAACAAGCAGUAGACUUGCCAACUAGAAACUCAAAGAGUGAAGUAAAAAAUCAAGAAGCUCGGGAAUUGUUGCAAAAAACCCAAUUUGAUUUUUACUCGUCCCCCGUAGUAUAUUAGAAAUAUUAAUAACCACAAGUGUUACACGUUUUUUUUUGCAAUAACUAUUUAAAUAAACAACUACACAUUUUUUUGAAAACAUGAAUUCAAUAUUUAGAUUUUACACUAAGUUAACAUUUAAGAGACCUAUUUUAAUUAAAAAGUUUAUACCUAGA